AUGCGCAUUAGGUCUACCCGGCCAGUGGGGGGGAUCAGUCUCGCCCACCGGCCGGCGAAAUCACUAGGAGGAGCGGCGGCGGCGGCGAAGGAAGAAGCAGUGACGUGGGACAUGUCGCUGCCUCAGGUAAGUAACUGAAGGGGUUUUCACCCCUUCAGCUACCGGGGGAUGGGAGGUGGGAGGGAGAGGGGACCUGCAGUGCACUGGAGUUUCCCUUUAAUAUAAGAAAGGCUCCAUUUGGUAAAAUAAUAUGGUAUGCAGGGAUUUAAAGUGGCACUGUCACGCUGUACUCUUUUUCUUUCCUACUCUUUUUUUUUUUUUUUUUUUACCUAUUUCUAACUAAAUACAUAAGACAAAACAGGGACUGCACAUAUAUACUUCUAUCACCAUGACUACUUAAAAUCACUAAAGUGGUCAUGGCGGUUGGUGUUAUCCUUUAAUGGAUGUUCAAUGGCGCACACACACUGGCACAUAGUCACUAAUGCCCACACAUGCACACAUUCACAAAUGCUCAUUAACAGACAAAGAUACUCCUGCUGUAUCCCAUACAAACACUGGCACGCAAUCACCAAUGCACAGAUACUCAAUGACAUACACUGGCACACACACAUACACACUGCGACCCAUACACUGGAACACAUUGAUCCAUGCUAACACAUACAGUGUCUGUGUGUGACACACACCUCUCCCCUCCAGCCGCUGAGAAAUGAGGACAUUAUCCCGACAGAUUUCAGGUCUGUGACUUCUGCGAGGAGCGCCUGACUUCCACCACUUGCUUGAUUUCGCUCUCUUUCUCUCUCUCUGUAAAAACUCUAAGAUACUGAGAAACUCCUAGCAAGAAAAGAAACUGAGUGGUUCAUAGAUAAAAAAAACGAUUACACCAUUAGGUCUUAACGUAGAUUUAGACCUAAGUCUUUAUGGAUUAGAACUGUGUUUUUUUUAGAUAUUUUUAGUAGUCCUUACUUUUUUUUUAAAUAUAUUUUUACAUAUUUGUUUCUUCUGGCAAAACCUUAUAACAUUUCUCCAUUUUUUUUUCUAUAUAGGUAUUUUUGUCUUUUUUUAUAGGCAUUCAGUCACCUUUGAUCUGAUAAAAAAAUUUUUACCCAGGUUUUGGUAUUUUUAUUUUAUUUAUCUAUGGCCGUGUCAUUAUCUUCAUCAGCGGAGAUGCCUUCUAAUAUAUUACUAGGUUAUAUAUGUGAUUUUAUUUCCUUCUGAAAUGAUAUACAAAUGAUUCAGAUAUGUAUCUGUAUGUAUAAAUUAUUUGUUGUUUUUUUUUUAUAGAGAAACUGUAUUUCCUACUCUAUGGAUACUACCAUUGAGUUAUACUACAAAAUGCCGUUUAUGCUAAGCUUUUUGUCUAUUUUUAUUGUUUACUUCUAUUGUUUACUUUGCCCUUUAUGCAUCUUUUUGCUGUAUAUAUAAAUGAUGUUCCCCAUAAUGAUUGUCUGAAAAUAACAUAUCCGACUUUCGGCUUGAUUCCAAGCCCAGUAUGCUGAUUAUAUGCGUACUGGUGCGGGUGCAAGUUAAAGCACAAAGCAAUAAUAAAGUUGAUUGUGUGUUCCAAAAUGGACAGCACACGCAUACGCAGUGGGGCAGACGAGAGCGUCUUAGUAUUUAAAUCGAGAAGAUCAGAAGGGAACAUCAGGCUCUUGAGAAAGUCCGAACAGACGAAACGCGUCGAGUAAGCAGCAUUCUACCACAAAGAAAGAGGCUGGUAUUGGGAGCUUGUCUUUUCAUCUACAUCACAACGAUCUACCUCACCAUUGUACAUGGCUGGACUGAACUAUCUGACUGAUCUAUAGAGGUACCCACGGCCCCUUCUAAAGACUGGGAAUUAAGCCCCCCUACUUGAGGCUUAAAAAGCUUUUGUGCACAAACAAGAAGUAUUUUUUUGUGCCACUCUCUUUGUGAGUUUGUUUUUUAUUGUUAUUUAUAUAAAUUUUAACCAUUAAAUACUUCACUAUGUAUGUUUAUGUUUCUUUUUACAUGUCAUCUCUGCUGUCCAAGUGAUAAUUAUAACCCACAUAUCUGUGAUAGUGGCGCCCUCACCUGUAUAUCUAUAUAUCUUAUAUGUGUACACCUUUUGUAUCUACUGGUGCACAAAGAUACUCCUGCUGUAUCCCACACAAACACUGGCACGCAAUCACCAAUGCACACAUACUCAAUGACAUAAACUGGCACAAAUACAUACACACUACGACCCAUACAAAUACACUGGCACACAUUGAUCCAUGCAAACACACACAGUGUCUGUGUGUGACAAACCCCUCCUCCCCCCAGCUGCUGAGAAAUGAGGACAUUAUCCUGACAGAUUUCAGGUCUGUGACUUCUGCGAGGAGCGCUCGGCUUCCACCACCUGCUUGCUCUCGCUCUCUUUCUCUCUCUCUGUAAUUUUUCUUAUUUAUUUUUUUUAAUAAUUUUUAUAUUUUAGAUAUUUUUUGGAGCCACAUGGGGCCCGGGUCCAUUACAGGUGUAUACCUCUAUUCCCCCCUCCACCUCCAAUGGUGGCCAAAAUAACAAGACCCUCCAGGUUGACCAAAUGUUCCUUGCAUUAAGUGUGAUUUGUAUUUCCGUAACUAUUUCAAAAUGGAAUGGUUGUGUUUUAGGAUUGACCUAUACGGCUUCCCUUUCAUUAAUUAAUGAGACAUAGAUAAUAAUCAGCCACCAACAUCCAAUAACUAAACAAAAUGAUUAUCUAUAUAGGUGAGAAACAUGAUUGUUCACAGCUCAAAAUGUACACUUGCAAAGUGAGGAAAGUAAAUUGCUUUUUAUUGUAUCUUAUGCAACCUUCCCAGUCAAUCUCUGUGUCUGAGAAAAAUUAUCACGCAUAGCAAGCCAUUCUUUAUAAAGAACAUUUAAAAAUAAACCUGUCAAAUCCGUUAUAUAAUCUAAGGGAACAUGUUCAGUUUGUAUUAAGCUUUCAUAGUCAGAAUUAGACACAAUUUAAAAUUUAAAAAAAAUAUAAAAAAAUGUCUUAAUCAUUUUAAUAGCUGCUUAACAUUGUCCAACGCAGAUAAAACAUAUGUGGACUACACGUAAGCUCACGUUCAGUGCUAGUCCAUGUGGUCUGUGUUCUGGUUGGUUGCUGAAAUCACGUGUCGUCAUCAGAUAGUUUUUAUUAAACAAUAACCAUCACUAAGACCUAAGAAAAUAAUCAAGCAAGUCCAAGGUGGCCACUUCCACUCAGAAGCACUGACAGGUCUCAAUUGUUUAUUAUAACAGACCUUCUAUAACUUUAGCUUCGAUUUAACAAGCUUUCCGAAUUAUUCACUAAUGUUAGAAAAACUUUCUAAGUCACUUAUCUACAGAAAUCACCAUUAAUGUCUAUGGGAAUUAGUGUUAAUAAAUAAUUUGGCAGGUUUUUCCAACAGCAUUGAAUCAUUUGGAAAUCUUAAAAGUUGAUAGUUUAAUAAAAAAAUAAUAUUAAGCUGUUGGAAGUAAUUUUAAAGUGACUGAUGUCGAAAAUGUUAACUGACAGAUUAAUAACAGUUUUACUUCACAGGACCAGUAUAGACACCCAUGGCCCAGACCACUUCAUUUCAAUAAAAAGUGGUCCUGUGCAUUGAGUCCUGCAAUGUAAGACAUUCCCAUAUUGUGGAUACAGCAAUGUUUACACUGCAUGGCUAAGCACGCCUCUAGUAGCCAUCUUCCUGACAAUCACUAAAAGAUGCAUUUGCGGCAAUAACCAAGUUUAACGUCUUGUACUUUUAUCCGGCUCCCGAAGCCGCCGCACCGCUCUCCCGCAUUCAGCCGACACAGAAUGUUUGUGCACUAAAUUCCUGCAGUCAACUCCAAAUACUUGCGCGCCACUACUCUUCGGACAUUGCUCUGACAUCAAUGAAGACACGGAACGCUGACGGUCUGCUGUAUUUAUGCCCUUGAUGAAGCCUAAUCUUUUCUGGGCAAACAUCUAUCACUCAUUUACACACAAUUAGUGUAUUAUUGUUCCUCAGCCAAUGAGUGCCUACCAGAGGCUGAUUCAGCCACUUCCUUGCCCUGUCAUGGUCUCAGCAGCCCAAGAGUGCAUUCUCAUGUAGUGUGUUUUCUGGUUUUGACUUGGCUUUGAAAUUUAGACUUUUUAUCUCUAAAAUCCUAGACCCUGGCUCAAUGUACUUGUCUAUUUUACGCUCUACAAUCCUUGAGCUUGGCCUGUUUCUUAUUAUCCUUGUUUUCUCUCUGGACUAUAUUCUAUUCUCCUUAUGUUAAAGUGGCACUAGUGACGGCUGCAGAGAAAUUAAGCUCUUUCUCGCGGGAUCCUCCAUAGACCUCAAUGAGAGAUGCCAACUCCUGGCAGUUGAAGUGCCAGGAGCAGAAGGAAGAGGAUGGAGGCGCCUGCGAGGGACAGGUUCAGCUACAUAAAACUCACCUUCACCUACCCACUCUGGCAACCGAAUCUCAAUGUCAGCGUUAGAAUGGGAUACCAUUGCCUUUUUGUUUGCGCUUUGGAGUAGUACCUUGACAUAGGUCAUGUGACAUUGGAUGUCAAAAGUCAUCAAAAGCUGAUAAUAGCUUUGGAUUCAAUAGCAUUAGAUUCAAUGCUUCCCUAUGAGAAGCAUUUGAUUGGAUAAGCGCAUGUUUCUUGAACCCAAUUCUUCUUUAGGAGAAGUAUUGGAUUGGAUGAGAACAUGAAAAUGAGACAGCAUUCAGAAAGAUGUCAUCAGAGGCGGAGCAGGCGGCUGCAUGGAGUGAGCUACAGCACUAAAAAAAAAAAAAGGGUUGCAGCUGAGGGGCCGGUAUCCACAUCCACUGUUUGUUACAGUGGUGUCCAACCCGUGGCCCAGGAGCGCUAGCAGUGCGGCCGGGUGGCAAGGGAGCCCAUUACAGUCUGUGCUCCUCCUGGACAGCUUCCUCAUGCGUCCUGCAGUGAGCCGGCCACCGGGAUAUGAUAUCAUCCCGUCAUCGGCAUCACUGCUGGGCGCGCAAGGGACCUCGGCAGGAAGAGCACAGAGGUGCCAGCCCAGCAGCAACCACUGGCCACCAGGGACAGAGAAUUCAUUCUAGCCCUCCCAGAGCUAGGUAGGGAGGCUGGGUGGACCUCGUUAGUACUAAAUGUUUGUGUAUGUGAUUUAUAUUGUGUAUGGAGUGGGGGUUGUCUGUGAUUAUGCAUUUGUAUGUAUGUGAUUGUGUGUAUAGGUGUAUGUAUGUAAAUGUGUGUUUGUAUGUAUGUAAGCACAGACCUAUACAACCACUGGCCACCAGGGUCUGUGAAUGUGUGUGUGUAUAUAUAUAUAUAUAUAUAUAUAUCUGACUGUGUGUAUAGGUCUGUAAUUGUGUGUUUGUGUGUAUAUUUGUGAUUAUGUGUAUAGGUCAGUGAUUGUGUGUGUACAUCUGUGAUUGUGUGUGUGUAUAUAUGAGACUGUAUGCAUAGGUCUGUGAUUGUGCGUGUGUAUAGGUCUGAGAUUGUAUGUGCAUAUGUGGGUCUGUGAUUGUGUGUGUGUGUAUGUCUGUGUGUGCACAUACAGGGAGUGCAGAAUUAUUAGGCAAAUGAGUAUUUUGACCACAUCAUCCUCUUUAUGCAUGUUGUCUUACUCCAAGCUGUAUAGGCUCAAAAGCCUACUACCAAUUAAGCAUAUUAGGUGAUGUGCAUCUCUGUAAUGAGAAGGGGUGUGGUCUAAUGACAUCAACACCCUAUAUCAGGUGUGCAUAAUUAUUAGGCAACUUCCUUUCCUUUGGCAAAAUGGGUCAAAAGAAGGACUUGACAGGCUCAGAAAAGUCAAAAAUAGUGAGAUAUCUUGCAGAGGGAUGCAGCACUCUUAAAAUUGCAAAGCUUCUGAAGCGUGAUCAUCGAACAAUCAAGCGUUUCAUUCAAAAUAGUCAACAGGGUCGCAAGAAGCGUGUGGAAAAACCAAGGCGCAAAAUAACUGCCCAUGAACUGAGAAAAGUCAAGCGUGCAGCUGCCACGAUGCCACUUGCCACCAGUUUGGCCAUAUUUCAGAGCUGCAACAUCACUGGAGUGCCCAAAAGCACAAGGUGUGCAAUACUCAGAGACAUGGCCAAGGUAAGAAAGGCUGAAAGACGACCACCACUGAACAAGACACACAAGCUGAAACGUCAAGACUGGGCCAAGAAAUAUCUCAAGACUGAUUUUUCUAAGGUUUUAUGGACUGAUGAAAUGAGAGUGAGUCUUGAUGGGCCAGAUGGAUGGGCCCGUGGCUGGAUUGGUAAAGGGCAGAGAGCUCCAGUCCGACUCAGACGCCAGCAAGGUGGAGGUGGAGUACUGGUUUGGGCUGGUAUCAUCAAAGAUGAGCUUGUGGGGCCUUUUCGGGUUGAGGAUGGAGUCAAGCUCAACUCCCAGUCCUACUGCCAGUUCCUGGAAGACACCUUCUUCAAGCAGUGGUACAGGAAGAAGUCUGCAUCCUUCAAGAAAACAUGAUUUUCAUGCAGGACAAUGCUCCAUCACACGCGUCCAAGUACUCCACAGCGUGGCUGGCAAGAAAGGGUAUAAAAGAAGAAAAUCUAAUGACAUGGCCUCCUUGUUCACCUGAUCUGAACCCCAUUGAGAACCUGUGGUCCAUCAUCAAAUGUGAGAUUUACAAGGAGGGAAAACAGUACACCUCUCUGAACAGUGUCUGGGAGGCUGUGGUUGCUGCUGCACGCAAUGUUGAUGGUGAACAGAUCAAAACACUGACAGAAUCCAUGGAUGGCAGGUUUUGAGUGUCCUUGCAAAGAAAGGUGGCUAUAUUGGUCACUGAUUUGUUUUUGUUUUGUUUUUGAAUGUCAGAAAUGUAUAUUUGUGAAUGUUGAGAUGUUAUAUUGGUUUUGUGAUGGGAUUCCAGCAUGGUUAAAAUUUAGUAGGCCAAAAUCUCCAUGUGGCAUAUGUGUAUGUUGUGUCAGUUGGUUAGCUACAUGUAGCUAGGAUACUGUCAUCAGUGUACUGAGCAUGUGCAGGAAUGCAGGAACUGAAAUUGCACUUAUUUCCUUUGUCUUGGAUGAGCCAUGUGGUUUGACUAGAUGUACAAGUCUAUAUUCUGCUCAUUGAUUGGUCUGAGGAAUAUAGGAAGGGUUAUACUGUAUGGGAGGAGAUAUGCAGUUAACAAAAGUCCCAAGCCACAAGUAUAUGUCUCUCAGAAUGUUGGAACAGGAGUUCAUCUGAGACCCGAUCGGUAAUGUGAAUAAAGGCCUGUUACUUCCUGAAGACCUGUGUCCAAUAUUUCUGUGUUUGGCUUCUGCAUGCUUACACUGCAACAUUUCUGGUGCAAUUGGGCCGGGAACCUCAUCGCACGGAAGCUGGCACAGAGAUUUGAGACGGUAAACUUUUACCAAACCUUCUACGCUACAAUCCUGGACUUCUACUGCGUGGACCUCCUUUCGUCUCGGCGCCACUGGCCUUUUGUCCAGGAGAUCAUCGGCUUCUGCGCAGUGAGUCCCGGAUUGUUCCGUCUAUGAGUGAACCCAGGUCCAGUAAUUAACAGGUGAGAUUGAUACCGUUAGAGCGGUAGACCCACAAGGGGUUUUAUAUUUGGAACCGGUUAUUGGAAUCUGCCCUGUCCUUAUUGAUGGAAGAAGUGAAAGCGCAAAUCUUAUCUGGAAAUUAGACGCUCUGUAGUCAGCCCGUCUAAUAUAGGUGGUUUGGGUCAGACUGAGUUGUGGUGUAAAUAGCUCAUGUCGGACACCGGUGUCCUGUCUUGACUAGCGUAUCUAGGGUGUAAAUUUUGUUCGCUAGGUCGGGGGGACCGGGAGACUAGCAUACUCUGUUGUAUAUUAUAGUUUGCUAGAUUUCACCCUAUAUUAACUAAGUGUGCUCUGUUGUAAAUCCAGCCACUAGCUUAUUGAUAGUUUAAUAGACUAGCUGGGUACUGUGUAAAUUCUGCCCUCUAGUUCGCUAUACGUGGUGUCUGGGCAGCGAAGAACUUAUCGAAUCUCUGGUGUAUAAAUAGAUCGAAAGCUCUCGAGGUGCUGGCCAGUUAGAAUAGUUGGGAUUAUUGUAAAUGUUGUUAAAUAUAUUGUAGUUGGUGAAUUGGUUAACUUGUAUGUCCUACUAGAAAGUUAGAGCUCUGCUGUCUAGUGGGAGUGUAAAUUGUGUGUAUAACUGUAAAAUAGCGCACGGUACCAUAACUACUGACAUGUACCAUAACCACUGACAUUGUGUAAAAAUUACUAACAAUUGCUGUUUUAUGUUAUAUGUAUAAUACCAUAACUGUUACUAACUGAUCUGUGACUUUAAAACUGUAUUAUAACCACUUACUAACUGUACCAUAACCACUGACUGUAAAGAUGAGGUUACUAGAAUGUGAUAUAGUUGGUUAGUCAAGAGUUGAUUUAUAGUACGGAUAAUUGUAGAGAUGAAUUUGUUGAAAUGUUAUGUGAUCGGUUAGUUUAUAUGGAUUAAUAGCGUGGAUAGUUGUAUGGUUUGCAUAAUAGUUACAUUGAUAAGUGUAUAGUCUUUGGUGGGUUUUUUUUAUUUAAUUUCGUGUGUGCGACGUCGUGAUAUUGUUGAGCAUGUGAGGAUCCUGUGUGUGUGUUUGGGCCUAGUGACUGCGCAAUGUGUUGCUGGUGAUAAGGAGAUUGGUGUGACUGUUGAAACUGUGUGUAUAUUUGUACAGCUUUUUGAAUCAGAUGCUCUGUUGAAAUAAUCUUCUGAUUCACAAGGCUUUGUCUUGUAUGUUUAAAAAAAAAAAAAAAGGUAGGGAGUAGCUUGUCCUGGUGGCCGCAUGGCCUCUAUGUAGCAGUCUUCACUUAAAUUUAGUGCAGGGUGUACAUGUGGCUGUAACUAGUAGGCUGGAAUUCUAUGAUCAGUUUCUAUAUAUUGACUGUUGGAAACUGAUUGUUGAAGAAUUGCCUUGGUGAAUUAAAUUGUGUCAUAUGGGAAACAAUGUAGCCAUAUGGUGGUCAGAACUAAGGACUUAAUUACAACUGCUUUGGACAUCCCCUCCCCCCUGGCAUCUGAUUACCAACCCCCCAAACAUCCUCCAGAGCCAGAGUAGCCACGCCCAUUUCUUACUCCCAAAACUGGUAUAUAGUCAGUAUUUGCACUCCCCCUGCUCUACUGUCCCCGCCUACCCACAUACCUAUCUGUUCCUGUGUUUCAAACUCUUGUAUUUCUGUACUACCCCUCCCCCUAAUCAGUGAUCAAUGGUAUCAGAUGGUAUAUUGGUUUUUUUUAGUUACUGGAUGGGCCCCUCCCAGCUUUGUCCAAAAUGUCCCCUUUUUACUAAACUACAAACUGAAAUGUUUAAUUUACCUUAGAACUAAAGAUUUAAUCAAGCCUAGCUAGCAGGGUGGACAUUGAUUAAAAUAAGUAAUAAUAAAAUAGGACAUAAUUAAUUAAAGUCUAUUUGUUUCAUUUGACUUUAGGGAGGCACUCUAAGCCACCUACUGGCCAUCUUUGGGAGUUACAUUGAUAAUACAUUGUUUAUAACAGAUAGAUGUAGGAUUGCUUACCCUAUUUUAAUAUAUUUAUUGCUAUAAGGUUUUAUUUUAUGUAUAAAUAUAUUAAAAGUUGAGUUUUCUUAUUAGACCCAUAAAGAUUAUUUUGAUACAAUUACCCUCUGGUGACACCUACUGGUAGGUUUUUGGUUUAACACUUUAAAAAAAAAACAACGUUUUUUUAUCCACCAAAUGCUGACUAAUAAAAUUAGCUCACCCCCUUACACUUAUCUUACUACUCCUAGACUGGAACCUAUUAUUGGGCAGCCUUGCCGAAGUCCCAUAUUAGACACUGCUUGAGUCAAAUAGGUUGUAUACUCCCUUUAAUCCAGAGGCCCCUGAAAACUUCGAAUGAUAGACUCAGCAUUUGUCAGCCAGGCCCAAGGUGAUAGUAAAAGGAAAUUACAGAAAUUAGAGGGAUUUGUAGGGAUGUCCAUAAUACAGCUAAUGGAGAUUGCAAAUACAGUAUAUAUGAAUAGGGAGAUGGAGGAAGAACGUAAAAUGAGGAAAAAGGCAGAUAUGCUAGCGGUAGCUAUCUUAAGUGUAGAAAGACAGGGAAGUGAAUAGAGGAGACGAGAAUAGGCUGAGCAAGGGACUUUAAGUAGGAAUUAAUGUGCGUAUUGUAGAAAGGAGGGACAUUGGAAGAGUGAGUGUCCACAGAGAGAGUAGUAUGAAGGUGAUAGACAGGAGAGAGAAGGGUACGAGGAGGUUAUAGUGGUAGUUAUAGAGGAAGAGGAAGUUUUAGAGGGAAUGAUGGGAAUAGUAGAGGAAGUGUUCAAGGAGACAGAUACUAUCCACCCACGCAGAGACCUAGAGAAAGAGAGGAUAGAGAUUUUGUGGGUCUGGCUGACACUAUCAUGGAAGACUAUUGAUACCGACUGGGCUCCAUCCCACUUGGUCGAGCGGAGCCUAUGGUCGAUGUAGCAAUAGGGGGAAAGAGAAGUUCUUUCAUGAUCGACACAGGUGCUGAACAUUCUGUGGUGACUAAGAUGGUGGCUCCGCCUUCGGGGAAGACUAUAACUGUGAUAGGAGCUACUGGGAGAAGUGCAGCUAGACCGGUUCUUAAGAGUCGCACUUGUAUUCUGGGAGGCCAUGUGGUGAAGCAUUAGUUCCUAUAUAUGCCAGAGUGUCCGAUUCAACUUUUAGGACGAGAUCUAUUAUCGAAGCUUUAAGCUCAGAUAACCUUUUACCUAAUGGAUUAACAUCUCUGAAGUUUAAGGGAUUACCAGGCAUAAUGGUGAUAUCGGUGCCAAGGGAAGAAGAAUGACGCUUCUAUUCCAUAGUGACAAGUGUUAACCCUAAGAGUGAUGAAUCCUUAUUUGACAUUCCAGGAGUAUGGGAAGAAAAUAAUCCUCCAGGACUUGCUCGUAAUAUCCCACCAAUACAUAUUGAGUUAAAGCUCGGGGUGUAUCCUGUUAGCCUUUGUAUGUUGUUCUUUUAUCUACCCCAACAGCUGUAAAGGUGGCGGAAGUGACUCCUUGGAUUCAUCAUUCUAAAGUUAAACCAGCAGCAGACUCUUGGCAAGCUACUCCAGAUCCUGAGAAUCCUUGCAGGACCCGGUUGAAGCGUGCAACUCAGUCGGAGUGACGAGGGGAUAUCGAGACAUUCUAGUUAAAAGUCUACAAAGAUCAUCAAGUAGGUGUUUUGACGGCCAUAAUAAAGCCUGACCACCUGCCUACGUGUCAUAGCCAGAGUAUCUUGAAGGGAUCUCUGUGAAGGAAAGUGAGGAUCAGAAGAACAACAUCCUUGCAGCCCUCACAAUCGGGAAGCUGAGAGGCCAUCGCACGGUCGAAGAAAAAUGAGGAUUUCAGGAAUAAUGUGUUUUAUUGUGUCUUAGUAUUUUUAUGAUUUUUCAGGAAGGUAGGAGUACAGACAUACCGAAUUGCGAUAGUUGCAUUAAGACUACUAAAAUAGGUAACCAAAUAUCCCAAACUCUCAUCUGGCACUCACAGUAUGAAUGUAAGGGAUCUGUAUCUAAAUGUAGAUAUUUGGAUAUUGAUUAUAGUGUGUGCAAGCCAAUAUCAGGAGAGUCUAAAUGUUUUGAUCCCCAUUUCCAACCCCGUACAAUUUGGUUGGUAAUUCGGAAUAGUAACUCCCAGGGGACAUUAAUAAAUAGGACUGUGAUAAGCACCAUACAUUCCACGGGUAUUCUACUAUUUGAUGCAUGUAAGGCGAUUUCGGGUAGUGGAAGACUUUGGAAUGUAUGUGGUAAUCUUAAAUGGGAACGAACUUAUGGGUUUAAUGAUAAAUACUUAUGUCCCAGUAAAAGAUCUACUGAUCCUGAUUGCCCAAAUAGAGACUAACUUCUGCCCCUAUUGGUCAUGUGUAGGUUGGGCAACCUGGGAAAAACAGUGGAUCAAGAUAUGAUUAUCCAAAGGUUGCCUACCACACCAUACUGUAAAACUAUGUGUGCAACCCCGUUCACAUGACCAUUUCCAAUCUGCAGUACUUUAUUGACAGGUUUGGAGGUCUGUUUGGGUUCCAAAUAUAUGGCACAGGAGUAGAUUCAGGAACAAUAAUAUAUGUAGGUCUUGAAACUGAGACAGUGGCAACUCAAACUCAUCAGGUUUCUCAUUCCUUCUAUGAGGAGAUGAGUAUUGAGGAUAAAAUUCCCCAUAAUGUUAACAACCUAUUUAUUGAUUUGGCUGAGGGUAUUGCAGGUAGUCUUAAUGUAACUAAUUGCUAUGUGUGUGGAGGUACUAAUAUGGGAGACCAGUGGCCAUGGGAGGCAAAGGAAAUAUGGUACCCUGGCUCUGAGACAUAUGAACAACAGAUACCUUUCCAGUCUGAUCAUCAAGUAAGUACUAGAAGUAAAUUGGAAUGGUGGUUAAAAACCUCCAUUAUAGGUCAUGUUUGUAUAGCCAGGAAAGGGACAAUGUAUAACACGUCUGUAGGUGAGCUAACUUGCUUGGGACAAAAAGCCUAUAAUGUUAAUACUAAAAAUACUACUUGGUGGUCAGCUUCAAAUGUCUCGGAACCUACUAAUCCGUUUGCCAAUUACACUCAUUUAAGGGAGGUAUGGUUUGACUUAUCGGCUACAUCUAGUUGGAAAGCCCCAGCAAAUUUAUACUGGAUUUGUGGUAAGAAAACUUAUUCGGAGUUACCACAAGAUUGGGAAGGGGCAUGUGUAUUAGGUAUGCCAAAGCCAUCCUUCUUCUUGUUGCCAAUCGAAACAGGAGAGACCUUGGGAGUUAAGGUUUACGAUGUAAAUCAUAAAAGGGAGAGAGCAUCCUUGAAUAUAGGUAGCUGGGAAGAUAAUGAGUGGCCCCCUCAAUGUAUUAUUAAUUAUUAUGGACCUGCUACUUGGGCAGAAGAUGGCACUUAUGGAUAUAGAACUCCGAUUAUCUAUGCUCAACCGCAUUAUUAGACUACAGGCGGUAGUUGAGAUUAUUACUAAUGAGACAGCUCAAGUGCUUAAUCUUCUAGCUAAGCAAAAUACCAAGAUGUGAUCAGCCAUAUACCAGAAUAGGCUAGCCCUUGAUUACUUACUAGCAGUAGAAGGAGGUGUAUGCGGAAAGUUUAAUCUAAGUAACUGUUGUCUGCACAUAGAUGAUGAAGGGCAGGCAGUGGCUGAACUUACAAGCCACAUGGUUAAAUUUGAGCAUGUACCUACUCAGGUCUGGAAUGGGUAUAACCUAAGUAUUUGGUUUGGAAGUUGGUAUGAGCAGCUUGGAGGAAUUAAGACAUUAGUAGGAGGAGUAGAAUUUAUUAUAUUUUUUUGUGCCUCCUCCUGCCCUGUCUAAUUCCACUAGUGGUAAGGUCCCUACAUAGUAUUAUAGAGAGUACUAUAGAGAGAAAGACAGCGGCUCAUGUAAUGGCUGUCUGGAAGAUAUGAUCCCCUAGCCCGAAGAGAAUAUAUUCAGGAUGAAGAAUGUUGAAGGAGUUUUUAAGAUGCUUACAAGGUCUACUCUGGUUCAAUGGCUACUUGAGAGAUGUAGGUAAAACUGUGAUUGGUGAUGCAUCUGGAAUAAUGUUUUAUCAGAGGCAUCAAAAGGGGGGAAUGUGAUGGGAUUCCAGCAUGGUUAAAAUUUAGUAGGCCAAAAUCUCCAUGUGGCAUAUGUGUAUGUUGUGUCAGUUGGUUAGCUACAUGUAGCUAGGAUACUGUCAUCAGUGUACUGAGCAUGUGCAGGAAUGCAGGAACUGAAAUUGCACUUAUUUCCUUUGUCUUGGAUGAGCCAUGUGGUUUGACUAGAUGUACAAGUCUAUAUUCUGCUCAUUGAUUGGUCUGAGGAAUAUAGGAGGGGUUAUACUGUAUGGGAGGAGAUAUGCAGUUAACAAAAGUCCCAAGCCACAAGUAUAUGUCUCUCAGAAUGUUGGAACAGGAGUUCAUCUGAGACCCGAUCGGUAAUGUGAAUAAAGGCCUGUUACUUCCUGAAGACCUGUGUCCAAUAUUUCUGUGUUUGGCUUCUGCAUGCUUACACUGCAACAGUUUCACUGGUAAUAAUAAAUAAUUGAAAUGGGUAUAUAUUUGUUUUUUGUUAAGUUGCCUAAUAAUUAUGCACAGUAAUAGUCACCUGCACACACAGAUAUCCCCUAACAUAGCUAUAACUAAAAACAAACUAAAAACUACUUCCAAAAAUAUUCAGCUUUGAUAUUAAUGAGUUUUUUGGGUUCAUUGAGAACAUGGUUGUUGUUCAAUAAUAAAAUUAAUCCUCAAAAAUACAACGUGCCUAAUAAUUCUGCACUCCCUGUAUAUGAUUAUGUGUGUGUAUGUAUGUGCCUGUGACUAUUGGUCUCUAAUUGUGUGUGUGUGUAUAUUUGUGAUUGUGUGUAUAGAUCUGUGAUUGUAUAUGUAUGUGUGUGGUUAUGUGUGCAUAUGUAAAUAACUGUGUAUGUGUUUAGUAGAUAGCUCCCUAAGUUGAUAUCCUUAAGUAUGGCAAUCCCACAAGGAUAACAAAUAAGGGCGUUAUCUACUAAACAAAUUUAAUAAAAAAGGGCUUUUGAAGUUUUAUUAUAUAAAUUAAUUAUAUUAUAGAUUUUACAUGUGGCCCAAGACAAUUCCUCUGCACUCAAUGCGGCCCAGGGAAGCCAAAAGGUUGGACAGCCAUGGUUUACUGAGUAAUCCUCCUGAAUUCACCCGGCAACAGUACAUUUUAGGCCAUUACUGCAAACUAUUUGGGGGAAAAAAGCUGAUAGAAUUUUUUUAUUUCGCUAAAUUUGGCCAAAUUGAAAUUCUCUGAGGGAUACAUGACAUUUCAUACCUUUAUUUAAUUUACUAAACACUGAAUUGAGGUGAAUUUACAUAAGUUAUGAUAUAUUAGCCAAGAGGUGGAUUAUUCCACUGUUCGUAUUAUUGCCUGAUGGCUAGAAUGGCAAUUUUGCCAGUUUGUGAGUUUUAUUAUUGCAGGGUGAGGGUUCAAGUAUUUUAUUUCUCAUUGUUUAUUAUUAUUAUUACACACAAUUCUAAAUGUAGAACACUGAGCAAGAACCAAACACAGGAAAAUACCAGCGAGACGCAGAGCAGGAGAUAGACAGGCCCCACAGGAGGGGCGCUCUAUGUGCACCGACGUCACUUCCGGUCGGCGCCAGAUUGAAAGUAAUGGACUCGGAAGGAGGACUGGCUGAGUGUAAUGGGGAGCCCGAGGCGGAGGGGGACUCGGCGUCCGCGGGGGAAGAAGCUCCCGCUGUGUUUCUGUGUGACAAAUGCAAAAGUCCCCUGGGGGACACAUUUGCGUGGAAUGGCAGUGACAGUGAGGAGCGCAGUAUAAUGCUGAGAGGUAUAAACACUGAGCCCCAUCCAUUACAGCCAGGGGGAUACAGGGACAUAGAUAUAUAUAUACACACACACACACACCACACCACACCACACCACACCCCCCCCCCCCCAGGGGGAUACAGGGACAUAGAGAUAUAUAGACACACAGCCAGGGAGGAUACAGGGACAUACAUAUAUACACACACAUAUAUAUAUAUAUAUACACACACACACACACCCAGGGAUAGACAGAUGAGACAGCCAGGGAUACACAUACACACACACACACACACACACACCUAGGGAUAGACAGACAGACAGCCAGGGAUACACACACACACACACACACACACACACCCAGGGAUAGAUGACAGAGACAGCCAGGGGCAAGACAGACAGAGAGACAGCCAGGGAUACACACACACCCAGGGGAGGACAGACAGAGACAGCCAGGGGUGACAGACAGAGACAGCCAGGGAUACACACACACACACACACACACCCAGGAUGUGACAGACAGAGACAGCCAGGGAUACACACACACAAUCUAGGGGAUAGACAGACAGAGACAGCCAGGGAUACACACACACACACACCCAGGGGAUAGGACAGACGAGACAGCCAGGGAUACACACACACACACCCAGGGGGAUAGACAGACAGAGACAGCCAGGGGGGCAGACAGAGACAGCCAGGGAUACACACACACACCCAGGGGGAUAGACAGACAGAGACAGCCAGGGGGGCAGACAGACAGAGACAGCCAGGGACACACACACACACACACACACACACCCAGGGGGAUAGACAGACAGAGACACCCAGGGGGAUAGACAGACAGAGACACCCAGGGGGAUAGACAGACAGAGACAGCCAGGGGGGCAGACAGACAGAGACAGCCAGGGAUACACACACACACACACACACACACACACGAGGAUACACACACACACACACACAGCCAGGAGGAUACACACACACACAGCCAGGAGGAUACACACACACACAGCCAGGAGGAUACACACACACACAGCCAGGAGGAUACAGGGACACACAGCCAGGAGGAUACAGGGACACACAGCCAGGAGGAUACAGGGACACACACAGAGAGAGCCAGGAGGAUACAGGGACACACACAGAGAGAGCCAGGAGGAUACAGGGACACACACACAGAGAGCCAGGAGGAUACAGGGACACACACAGAGAGAGCCAGGAGGAUACAGGGACACACACACAGAGAGCCAGGAGGAUACAGGGACACACACACAGAGAGCCAGGAGGAUACAGGGACACACACACAGAGAGCCAGGAGGAUACAGGGACACACACACAGAGAGCCAGGAGGAUACAGGGACACACACACAGAGAGCCAGGAGGAUACAGGGACAUACACACAGAGAACCAGGAGGAUGGACACACACAGAGAGCCAGGGUUAUAUAGGAUACACAGCCAGGAGGAUAGACACACAUCAGGCAGGGGCACAGCCAGGCAGGGGCACAGCCAGGGACACGGUACGCACAGCCAGGGACACGGUGUCAGGGCUUACCUGGGUUGGGAGUCCGGCAGGCAGAGCUGUAUGCUCACCCUUGCAAGUAAAAACAGGCCAAGGUGGUCAGCUAAGAAUUCACCUGGCCUGUGAGUCAGUGCACGGGGGCUGUGCAGGAUAAUUCUCCAAGUUGCAGUACAGGAACGGAUAAAGCAGGAGAAUCGUCGUGGGUAAGCCAGAGGGUGCCAGAAAUCAGGAUUAACGAGAAGAAAGCCAAGGUCAGAGGAUGCCAGAAGUCAGGGUACGGUACCAGAGUCAAGGAACUGACACUGCCUUCUGGGAGAGGCAGUGUUUUAUACCUGGCUAAUGAGGCCAUCAGCUGCAGGUGUGCUGAGAAUGUUAGAUACAGGAUACACAGCCAGGUAUACACAGCCCGGGCCGCAGGGUACACAGACCAGGAUACAGGCAGGGACACAGGAUACAUCAGGCAGAUACACCAGGCAGGGACACAGAGUGCACAGGAAUAGCUACAGAAUACAGAGGCAGGGCUACAUCAGGUAUGGCUUCAGGGUGCACAGGCAGGGCUACAUCGGGUAUGGUUUCAGGGUACACAGGCAGGGCUACAUUGGAUAUGACUUCAGGAUACACAGGCAGGGCUACAUUAGGCAGGGCUACAGGGUAGACCAGGAAUGGCUAGAGAAAACGCAGGGUUACAUCAGGUAUGGCUUCAGGGUGCACAGGCAUGGCUACAUGGUACAUAAGCAGGGCUAUAGUAUACAGACAGGGCUACAUCGGAUAUGACUUCAGGAUACACAAGCAGGGCUACAGUACAGCCCAUAAAUAGCUACAGGAUACACAGGCAUGGCUACAAUAUACAGGCAUGGUUACAGUAUACACAAGGAAUGGCUACAGUAUACAGGCACAGUUAAUGUGUAGACCAGGGGUGGCUACGGUAUACAGACAGGGCUACAGUUCAGCCCUAGCUUUGACACUUGUUAUUAACCACUUAGUGUGUUCCCAGAGCCACUCCUACCUAAUUAUCCCUGGGUCUGUAAUCCUGCACAUAUUCUGUACAUAUUCCUAAAAAAAUUGCGUAAUGGAAAUAUAGAGCUGGUUGUGAUGUGUUUGCAUUUCAAUACAAAAUUUCAAGUUACUGUUGUGGAUAUCUCAAUGUGGACUUUGGAAUGUCCUCAUUGGGCACAUAAACUCAAGUAAUCAUGUUUCCACAACUUGACAUGGAAAUUAGGCACAAAAAAAGCCAUACAACAUAUAUACAAGUUUUUGGUAAUAAAGGAGUAAAGUAUAUAACAUUUAAAUUGUGAAAGCAAACGAUAGCCACUUGGUACCCAACAGUACUUCCAAUGGCACCCUCAUUUUAUUUGCAGGCGUUGCAUCAAUUAAAACACAGCACACUUUUUUAAUGCAUCUCCCUUGUAAUUUUUUUUAAACUCAUCAGUAACAUCGGUAUCCUCUAAAAUACUUUCUCUAAUAUUCCUCAUGUCUAUAUUUCUCUUUUUAUUUAGUUUUUAAAAUAACCUCUGUUUCAACCUCUUAAAGGACCACUCUAGGCACCCAGACCACUUCAGCUUAAUGAAGUGGUCUGGGUGCCAGAUCCAGCUAGGGUUACCCCAUUUUUUCAUAAACAUAGCAGUUUCAGGGAAACUGCUAUGUUUAUGAAUGGGUUAAGCCUUCCCCUAUUUCCUCUAGCGGCUGUCUCAUUGACAGCCGCUAGAGGCACUGAAAAUCACAGUGAGAGCACGCCAGCGUCCAUAGGAAAGCAUUAUGAAUGCUUUCCUAUGUGACCGGCUGAAUGCGCGCGCAGCCAGCCGACGGGGAGGAGAGGAGGAGGAUCGGAGGAGGAGAGCUCUCCACCCAGCGCUGGAAAAGGUAAGUUUACCCCUUUCCCCCUUCCAGAGCCGGGCGGGAGGGGGACCCCGAGGGUGGGGGCACGAGUAUGUUUUCCUGGCAGGGGUGUAGGGGUGCACAACCUUCAUCUAUAUAUAUAUAUGCCAAAUCACUGACUGACUGAAAUUCUUACAAGGGGGUCACAGCCACAUGAUGCCAGUGAGAUUGUUGUCCUUCAAGUACACUGAUUCUACACUUAAAUACACAUUUAUAUUCACACACUGGCAACCACGUAAAUUAAUUCCUGCAUUCACACAUACUCUGACCUUACACCUAUACACUCACUUCUGUUUUCAUGUGCACAAGUAUUCCACAAACAUACUCUUGCAUUCACUAGACAAAUACACCCUACUUUUACAAACAUAAACUGACUAAUCUACAUUUCCCUCAUUUCACACUACAGAAACUAAAUAAUUAAUUCACUAAACAGUAAAUCAUGCUUAUAGUCACAAGAACUACCACCACUUAAUAUAGUUCUUGUGUCUAUAGCCUGUACCUGCUGUCUCUUUAAUGUUUUCAUUACUGCUUUGGAACACCUCUAGUUGCAGUCUCUCAGGUGCCUACUAGAGAUGGUUCCUGGGUCAGAGAUGGACAGUGUGCAGCACUGAUGUUCAGCGUCUCCCUAUAGAGAUGCAUUGGUUUUAAAAGGUUCUUACAGGAGGAACGCAACUAGUGGAUGUCAAACUUGACAAAUCUAAACCAAUCCAAUGCCUUCCCAUAGGAAGUUGCACAUGUUCAGCAAAACACACUGCGCCAAUCCGCAUCUCCUCAUAGAAAUGCAUUAAAUCAGUGCAUCUCUGUGGGCAGCGUUCACUGUUUCCAUGCAGAGCUUGAAGAUGCUAAAUGUCACUGCUGCACAUUGUACAGCACUGACCCAGGAAGCACCUCUAGUGGCCCUCAGAGUGAUGCUCUGAAAAGGCAGUGUUUACAGUUUUAAAAAGCCUGGAAGGCAGGCAGUAGACACCAAAACAACUACAUUAAGCUGCAGUUGUUCUGGUGACUAUAGUGUCCCUUUUAUUGAGAUGAAGUCUGGGUUCCUUUUAGUGGUUUGUUUAAGAAAACACUGCUGUCUGUUCUGCUCAGCACUACUCCCUGUUUAGUGCAUAGCCCCCAUAACUUCUAUAACACAGUGUAGCUUAGAGAGACACUAGUAAUUCCUAUCUUCUUAAUUCCUAAGAGACCCAUGCUCAUCUCACUUAAUGACAAUAUUGUUUUAUUUAUGAGCAAAUAAAGGAUAACUUCUGUCAUAAAAUAACUACUACUUUUACUAUACUAUAAUGCAACCUAGACCUGCUAGUGUCAGCCAGGCAGCAAAAUCCAGAGGGUAUUUUAUGCAAUACCUGGUCCAUUGCUGGCCUGUGUCAUUGUUCUGGUGCUUGUGGGAUGAAGUUGUUCUGGCCCUCUGUUCUCCUGAUGAUUUGGGUGGACUGGCUAUCCUGGUUUUAGAGAGACUCACUGCCACUAAUUCUUCUGGGCAGCAACAGCUAGGUCUGUUUUGGAAGCAGAGACCAUGCUGAGAUAUUUCUCCGACGUUACUGCCAUUGUUGUAGUUUGCACUAUAUGACCACAAAAUAAUGUUUGCUGAUUAUAAAGAGUUUCUACAUUAGAGUUUUCAUAUCAUGGAUUGUGUUUAAAGGGAUCCUAUAGUGCCAGUAAAACAAAGCCGUUUUCCUGGCACUAUAGGGUUAAUAGGUUCCCCUCUCUCCCCCCCUCCCACCAGUGGAGAUCUAAUGCACAUGUGCGUCAAUUGCCGUGUGCGCAUUUGACCUCCCCAUAGGAAAGCGUUAUUCAAUGCUUUUUGUAUUUAUAACGUCAUUCUAAAUGUAUUUUGAUUUAAAUAUAUAUGUAUAUUGAUAUCAAAAUACAGUUAUAACACAUUUAAACCAGUAUCUAAUUCUUUUAAAAUGUAAUUUUAUUUAUUCAUUUUUUCAAUUAUUUAUAUAUUCAUUAUUUAUAUAUAUAUUUUUUAAUAUUAAAAUACACUUAGAAUAAUGGAUUGUGUAUGUGCAUAUAAAAAGUACUUAGAUCAUAUCUAUAUGAUCUAAGUACUUUUAACUUUAUUAAACUUUAAAAAAAACUUUUAUUUACUUUCUAAACUUUUGUGCAGGCAUGAGGGGGGAAAGCCUGAGAGCUCAUGCACUCCCUCUGCAGGCACUCACAAGCCGGCUAUUCCGGCCAUGUGAUCGCGAGGACCAGAGGUUUAAAAAAAAAAAAAAAAAAGUUUGUGAAUGUAAAAUAUUGUCGUGGUCAAUAAAUGAAUUUACAAUUUAAGCCAAGCAAUGUAGCAAUUUUAACAGCAAUUGCAUUACUUUCUAGCUGUUUCUACGUAUGUGACUGUGGAAAAAAAACGCAUGCUCUCAAGACAUGCACAGGAGUAUGGCUGGUGAGUAAACCAAUUUACAGAGUUUUUUUAUUUUUUUUUUAAAGUAAAUAGAAAAUCAUUUUUGUGUUCUUUUUAAGUUACUGACAUAGAGAUUCUGGGCGACAGGGCUUGAUAGAUUUGUUUGGAAUCUAGGAGCCAGCUAAAAUAGUUAGGAGCCAGUCAUUUUCAAUGAGAAAAAUGCAGUUCUUAAAGGGACACUAUAGUUGUCAAAACCACUACAGCUUGAGGUAGUUGUUCUUGUGUCUAUAGCCUGCAGGCUUUUCAGUGUAAAUACUGCCUGUUCAGCGAAAACAUUGCUGCUUAGUAACACCUUUAGGGACAGUCAUUCCGAGUGAUGUCAUAUUCCGGCUCCCGGCAUCAUUAAACAGCACAAGGGAGCAGAGAGAGGCUGCUGGAAGAAUACUGCUCCCUCGCGCACCGCCUACAAUGCCCUCCAAGCUGCCUCGGGCGGCCGCCAGCCUCCUUGCUGCCUCCGAGGGCCGCUUGUUUCCAGGUUGCUCCAAUAUUCCCCACUGCAGCGGCCACCUUCAAAGCUCUCUAUCUAAAGAGUUGGCAAAUCCCAGUCGACAGGGCGAAAUUUCUAGCCUGGGAUUUGUCGAGCCCUGCGGUACGAUGUGUAAGUUUUAUAUUUUCUUAGUUUGAUAGCGCGAUACCUAUUAACUUAAUCUGCCUGCCAUGGUCUGAUGCAGCUUGGUAAGUUCCUGUUUUCGAAAUAGUUUGUCAAUUCUUUGGCUGAGAGCAGUCAGCUCUCCGGUAACUGAGCCAGGGUAUUCCUAGCAUUAUUAGUGGUUAUGACUUGUUAAAUGUUGUGCUUAUGCAUUUUUCAGAAAGUACUCAGGCUAUUAGUCACAAACUUUCUCCUGUUUUUUAAAAGGGGAGGAUAAAUAACCCUUUUUUUUUUUUUUUUGGCACAUCGUUCAAAUUAUCUGUAUUAUGUAAAUAAAUGCAUGAUUUACUUAUGCAGGAAUCAUCUUUGCUCUUUAUUAUCUAAAUGGUUAUCUUAACAUAUAUUUUUUUUUUGGUCCCCAAUAUAGCGUAUUUGAAAAUUUGAUAUGCAGUGGUUGUAAGACAGAAAUUGGGAAAAUUUACAGAUGCACCCCAAAGCACCUAGAUUACAAAAGGGAUAUUUUUUGCCUUCAUGUUGAUGCUGUUGACAGGUAAGCAGGAGGGCAGGUCUGUGGUUGUGAAGCUAACAAUUUAGGCAUGGAUAAUUUCUACUGAGCUAUAUAUUGGGAUCCAUAUUGUGGUAGCUUUGGGAAAUAUCACAUGUACAGUGAGGGGAAAAAAGUUUGAUCCCCUGCUGAUUUUUUUGACGUGCGUUUUUUUGUUUUUGUUUUUUUUGGGGGGGUUAUUCUGUCUCUCACUGUUAAAAUACACCUACCAUUAAAAUUAUAGACUGAUCAUUUCUUUGUCAGUGGGUAAACAUUCAACAUCAGCAGGGAAUCAAAUACUUUUUUCCCUCACAGUACUUAGAGGUAUCCCAUCUUCCCAUCCUAUCCCAUGUACACCAACACACACUGUUAACUAGUAACGCAUAUGCAUAACCAGACACAUUUGGACAUUUCUUACAAACUUGCAUGUAUACACACACACUUUCAAAUAUAUUAUCUUUCCUCUCUAUGCUUUUUAGUUAUGUCUUAGGGUCUUCGUGUGUGCAAGUCUUUUCUGAUACUGAAGAACCUGUGACAUUUGAAAGCCGAAUGGCACUGGAGGAAGAAUUUGUUAAGGUAAUGAAAAAUGAAUAAAUGUUCUAUUGUGGGAACUCCUGGGUCCUGGUUUAGACUGUGGGUAUAUAGAUAUCCACUUUACCAAAUAAAAAAAAAAAAAAGUGCUCACCCAUACUUUAAAAACUAUGCUUUUAUGGUCCUCGAAAUCUGGAUCCUAGAGCAGCGUUUCACUAUGAACAUGCAGAACCCUUCUGCUGCCAGAGUUGUACCUUUACCUCCAGCAGCAUCAUUGGGGUGCAGUCAUCUGGAGCAAAAUUUCUGUACUGACUAACGUUAGUUCGGAGCAUGUUUGGCCUCUGUCAGCGUACACAGCACGCAGGCGAGAGACAGACAUGGCAGCACUGCUCCUCACAGCCUGCUCUCGCUGACAUUUUUCCCCCUCAAGCAAGGAUGAGUGAUGUCAGAAGGAUUGGGCUGUUAGAAUAACUCUUUUAUUUGUUUUUGUAACACUUUAAUGACCUAUUGUGAUGUUCAUGCCUUAUGCUUAAAAUACUGUACACUACUUUUUUUUAGAUUUGUAUUUUAUAUUUUUAGCAAAUAUUCCAGUUUGAAUUGCUUAACAUUUGCAUGAACAUUGUUAUUUAAAUAGCUAAUCUAUUCUCAAAAUCACAAGACUCUGAAACUCUCUAUACAACUGGCAAAAACCUACAUAAGAGGUACUCAAUGAACCCUAACCAGCACAGUUUUGAAUUGGUGUGAGGAAUCCCCUGGUGCUGUCCCAUGGUUGGUAGUAAAAUAUAUAUGUAUGUGUGUGCUGGCGCUGUAUCAACUGCAUCAUAUCCUCUCCAGCAGAAAAAUGCCAGCUUGCUCGAUAGAACAAUGCAGGACUGCUCUUACUGGCUGAGUGAGUUCCUGCAUUGUCAGCGUUGCUCCAGAGAGACGUACAGCUCCCUCUGCUGGAUAACACUGGAUGCGCUCAGGUGCUGGCACUGCAUAUACUACAGUGGGCUGUAGUUGUUAUAGUUCUUGGAGUGUUCAUUUAAACCAUCUAAUAUUGUAAAGCGCUACGUAAUCUGUUGGCGCUAUAUAAAUGGCAAUAAUAAUAAUCUGUUCCUAAGGUUCUAUGAGUACAUUAUGAUUUCCCUGUGUUUUGACUUUUUUGGCAGUACUCCAAUAAAAUAUGCUUGUUAUUCUGAAAGAGAAUGGUUACCCGGUCUGUAUUUGUCUGCAUUGCUAAAAUAAGCGCCAUAAAUAAACCUAGGACAAACAUGCCUAUGGAUGAUGCUUAUUUCUCACUACUGUUUGUGCAAAAAAGCUUCAUUACCAAACCAGAGAUGUCUUUUAAGAUGUCUAGAGGUUUGUUUAAAGGCCAUGUUAUGUAAGCAUGUAAAUAAUGCAUUCCAAUCUACAGACUAGUUUCAUUUUUAAACUGUAUGCCAAAACACCAUCCUUUCUAUCUUAUUUUACAGGCCAAUACAGUCCUCACAAUACUAAAAGCCAAAGUGGCAGCCAUUGAAAAGAGAAUUUUACAUGACAAAGGCUAAAUGGACCAUUGGUUAAGCAGACAGCCAUUUUCCUGAAAACACUGAGUAUCCAUGCUGGGGGGGGGGGGGAGUGGUGAAGGAGCUGUGAUUUCCUCCUACCCCAUUUUUUUUAUUGGAUUUUUUUUUACGUGUAAUUAUGAAAGAACAGAUGUAAAGAACAUGCGAUACUUCCUGGGCCACAUCUUUUGACUUUACCCGUGUUUAGCAUUUGCAUAAUUAUAAAUCUGCUCUUUAAAUGUGUUGUGCCUCAGCUGCGAUCAAUACUGGGAGCACACUACUAUCUGAUGGUUUCCUGCUUUUCAUGAACAGGGAGGGUUGGUUAAAAUGUGUUCUAGUUUCCUUUUGGUCCGAGAUCAAUUUGGCUGGGAAAAGCCAAAGACAGCUGCCUCUGAGUCCCUACAAUCCUUCUGGUGUAUUGAAUAGUAACCAACUCAUGAAUAAGUGAUUGCUUCCAGAAUCUUCAUGAAAAGCACAUACAUCUGUGCCUUCGAAGCAUGAUUUAAGGUUUACAGUCUUCUAGAUUCUGCAUGAAAUUAAUAUCAUUGUAAUGAAGAAAUGUGUUCACUUCUGUGAAUUUGUUUUUGGCAAACAUUAUAUUUCAUCUUGUCACGACACCAGUGUAAUUUUUACAUUUUCAAUGUUAUACUUUUAAAUUUUAUCGUGUAACUGUAAAAGCUCUCCAGCAAAAGGAGCACAAUAGGCACCAUAACCACUGUAGUGGUUAUUGUGUAAGUAGUGUGGCAGGGUUAUUUUACCAAAGUGAAUUCUCACUUUAAUAAAUAAUCCUGUUACCUUGUUUGCGUUUCUUCUCCCGGACCCCUAUCAAACUGCCACAACCAGCAUUUUACAAAAAUGGGGGAAUAACCACUGCAGUAAUCUGUAGUGGUUAUGGUAUUGCGGUGACAUAUUUAAAGGGGAACUGUCACUUAUUAUGUUGUUAUUUAACAAAUAUGUAUUAAUGAGGUAUGAGAACUCACAUGACUUUAUCCUGCAAGCGAGUAAACACAUCUUAGCUCCCUGACAAUUGUAAAACCACCUGUCCUUUGUAUCUUCCAUAAGUUCAAAGUGAUUUUCAGUGUUUUAUUCAAUUGUGUAAUUUGCAGGAAAGUCACAGUUUAUCUUUAAUGAUUAAUGAAACAGACCAUUCAAACCACAUGGAGAUGCAUAUUAAAUCUUGUGGCAAAGUGACUUACCUGGGUUAAUAUGCUUGCUCAGAUUUGACAAGUUUUGGCCCAAAAACUUGAAUGCCACCCAGUUCUACUCUCAGCAUCCUAUUCAAAAUGUAGUGGGACCCCAUGACCAUAAACAUCAUGCUUGGUUACUGCCUCUGCACAUUGUCAAUAGAUCUUGUAUAUAGUUAAAUAUAUUUUUUUUGUAUUGACUGAAUAAAAGUUCAUUUCUACUUGACCCAA